AUGAGUGGGUUUAAAAAACGGAAACUCUACAUCAUCGACCCUGACGGACCAGGACGUGGGGUCGCACCGAUGGAUGUUCAAUGUGACCUUGAGGGACAAACAGCGGUUACGUUUAUUGGCCACGACAGUGAGACACGGACACAUGUGAAUGGGUUUGAGGAUUCAGGCAGCUACUCCAAGAAUGUGAUAUACUGGAAUAGUGUGGAGCAAACUGAGACGAAAAUUGCCGUGGCUGAAGACUACAAGAUGAGGGUCCUCGCACACAUCGCCGUUCUCUUCGUGAUUCUACCUCUACUUCCCGUUGCAAAAACUUUCCCAACCAAUGAAAAGCAGAGGGAGAGCUUCACUGGAAGCGAGAUCGCAGUAAAGACAGUUGCAAAAAGGAGUACUGAAUGCAAGAACGUGUACAGCAACUGUGCCUGUAACUACUACAAACUGAAGAAGCACUGUGACUCUCCUGUUUACCGAGUUUGGAUGCAUGAAAACUGCGCCGCAAGUUGUGGAGUCUGUGUUGUAGAUCCCUUAUUUUUCGUGUGUGAAAACAAGUAUCCGGAUCAGAUGUGCGAAAUUUUCGCCAAUCGCCGUCUUCAGGAAAAGCCACGCUUGCAGUAUUUCAUGGCGUGUAACUGUCCCAAAGCUUGUGGAAUCUGCAAUAUGCCGUUCGAUACCCGAGAGUCAACAGAAAAAGAAGAUGACACAUUUGCACAGGAUGAUUGUCUGAAGCUCCACAAUGAUAUAAGAAGGAUUCACGGUGCUGAGGAUCUGACUUGGUGUCAGAAGUGUGCGGAGUUUGCGCAGCAAGUAGUGACGGCAUUACGGGACGCCAAUUCUCCAUUGCAGCAUUCAAGCCCAGUAUACCGCAGGUGGUUGGUGGACGGUAAAAUGGUUCCACAUGGAGAAAACCAGAUGUACAAUUUUCCAAAAGUGGACUGUAAAACAGCUGUGAAUUCCUGGUACGAAGAAAAGCCGCUUUACAAUCAACGCCAUCCUCUACGGGAUGUGGAAACUGCUGGUCACUUUACUCAGAGUGGAUCUGAGGAACCCCCGGGGAUCACAGCGGGUAAUUAG